AUGAUGCGAAAUUUGGUGGUUUUCUCUCUUUGUGUAGCACUGAUCUGCGCUGCUGAAGAUUCUGGAAGUUCAUCUGAGCCCGAACAUGUUCAUCAUGAUCAAAGGAUCAUCGAUGGAGAGCUAGCAAAACCUGGACAAUUUCCGUACAUCGUUCGAAUGACUAUGAACAAUAAGUAUAACAUACCGUCGUCAUGCGCUGGAAUUAUCCUGUCUGAAGUGUUCCUGCUCAGUGCUGGUCAUUGCUGUUUCAAAGCUAGUAAUGUAACAGUGAGCGAUCUUAACGCGAAGGAAGAUGACGGAACCGAACAAAUUCGGUCUCAGAUGGACGUCGUCGUUCAUGAGAAUUACGUCGAUGAGAUACCGCCACCAAAUGAUAUUUGCUUCUUGAAACUGCAUGAUCCAUUGAUAUUCAACGAAUACGUCUCAUCGAUCCCGCUACCCGGAAGUUACGAAGAAAUGCUCUCCGGCCAGAGGUUCUUGAUUGUCGGGUGGGGUUUAACUUGGUAUCCAGGAGCCUCGACUUCUCGCGAGUUGCGUUGGGGCAUGGUGGAUAACUUUAAUUUUGAAGAGUGCCGCCGACAAUAUUCGCAACACGAUUGCCUCGUGAAUGAAGACAUGAUUUGCGCUGCUGGAAGGUAUCCUGACAACUUCGACACAUGUGAUGGCGAUUCUGGUGGACCUCUGGUGAAAUUUGAUCCACAGGGAACUAAUUUACUUGCUGGGAUUGCAUCUUGGGGAUAUAAAUGCGGAUUGCCCGACUUUCCUGGAGUUUACACCAAGGUGUCACACUUUGUGGACUGGAUUCAAGAACAAAAGAGGAAUUAUUCUUGA